GGUCACACACACUGUCGGGGGGCUUUCAUAGCAGCUCUUUGAAAGUUUGAUUCUGACGGACACAAAAGCAACGUUGAGGACACGAGGACUCACACUGACACAAGGACUCAUCUCUGCUUCAAACCAAAUAGAAAAGCUAUAAAAAAGUCAGACAGUCAUUUUAGUCGCUCGGAUGUUAAAAUGUUGAGGCUUGACUGUCGAGUUGUUGACUGCGUGACACGGGGGAAGAUGGAACAGUGAUGUUGCAACUCCAGUCCUUCGUGGAGGCCGGGUCAUGUGAGAUGAGGGAUUUUGUUUAUGAAUGAUCAAUCAUUUGUGAGAGGGAGGUCGCUGUGCAGAGAUGGCUAUGGUAUGCCUGACCGACUUUGAGGAGUAUGCAAAGGAGCAUCUCUCGAAGGCCACCUGGGAUUAUUAUGCAGCUGGAGCGGACGAAUGCUGCACCAGGGACGACAAUCUACUGGCUUACAAAAGGAUCCGUCUGAGGCCUCGCAUCCUGCGGGACGUGUCAGUGAGUGACACACGGACCACAGUGCAGGGGACGGAAAUCAGCUUUCCAGUCGGUAUCGCGCCCACUGCCUUUCACUGUCUGGCCUGGCAUGAAGGAGAGGUGGCCACUGCGCGGGCCACGGAGGCACUCAACACCUGCUACAUCACCAGCACUUACUCCACCUGCUCAGUGGAGGAGAUUGUGGCAGCAGCUCCAAACGGUUACCGCUGGUUCCAGCUGUAUGUGUACCGGGACCGGAAGCUGUCAGAGCAGAUUGUGCACCGCGUCGAGUCCCUCGGCUACAAGGCCCUGGUCCUCACCGUCGACGUCCCAUACACCGGCAAGCGCCGCAACGACAUCCGCAACCAGUUCAAGCUGCCGCCACACCUCAAGGUCAAGAACUUCGAUGGAGUGUUCCAGGAGACAGCUGUGCCAGAGGAGUACGGGAUCCCGGCCAACACCUUGGACCCCUCCAUCAGCUGGAAGGACGUGUACUGGCUGCAGUCCAUCACCCGCCUGCCGAUUAUCAUCAAGGGGAUCCUGACUAAGGAGGACGCUGAGUUGGCUGUGGAGCACGGCGUCCAGGGCAUCAUCGUGUCAAACCAUGGGGGGAGACAGCUGGACGGUGGCCCGGCCUCGAUUGACGCUCUGUCGGAGAUCGUGGACACAGUGCAGGGCAGGAUCGAGGUCUAUCUGGACGGAGGAAUCAGGACAGGGAGUGAUGUACUGAAAUCGCUGGCCUUGGGAGCCAAGUGUGUUUUCAUUGGCCGUCCUGCAGUGUGGGGCCUUGCUUACAAGGGUGAGGAGGGAGUGAGGGAAGUACUGCAAAUCUUAAAUGAUGAGUUCCGUUUGUCCAUGGCUUUAUCAGGCUGCAGGAACGUGGCAGAAAUAAACAGGAACCUCAUUCAGUUCUCCAAACUCUGAGAGACCAGCAGAGGAAAGCACAGAGGACAGUAGCAGCACCCACAGAACAGGACUCACUACGCAACCACACCAGCCGUGUUGAAGAAGAGACCAGGCCUCCACCGUGACAAAGGAACUGAAAGAUGUUUGCCUCAGAAGUCGUGACUCUGUCAUGUCAGGGAACACAAAAACAUGCAAGCAGCUUCCAUAGUUUGGAAAUGACUCAUGCGAGAGAGACGGUGUCUUGGGAAAGCUGAGGAUCGGCGGCAGAUUUAGCAAGUGAAGAAUGAAAGUGUUUCUGCUUUUGGAUUGGACAGGAUGGGGGCACUUUUCAUGAAACCAACACACUAUGGGUUUUAUUGUAACAAAUCGACUGAUCAUGACAUAUCACUGCGGAUGGAGAUGCUGCCAGUGCUUGUGAUUAAAUAAACACCAGCUGAGCUGAAGACAAUC